AUGGAGUAUUGUGAUUCAUGCAUGGCAGUAUUGAAUGAGAGACAUUUAUUGGAAGACUAAUUGGCCAGGCUUCAAAAUGAGUUAGAAAUAGUUGCGACAUAACUUAAGUUGUUGAGGGAGGAGAAUGAAUUAUUAAAGAGUAACAUAAAAGUGCCUAAUAAAUAAAGACGUAAAAACAAUAGGACGAAAGCCGAGCUUGAAUAAUGUUAAAAGGAGAUUAAAAAAUUGCAAGUGAUAAUCUAACACAAAGAUAUGAUUAUCCAGAGCCAAGUACGAUGUGAUAUAAUUAGUGAAAGCUCAAUUAUAGAUAUGGACUUAGUGAAGAAGAAGGUGAAUCUUUGAAUAUAAAAAUGUAUAUAUGUCAUAUACUAAUUUCAAUGUUAGAGAGUUUUAUGGAGUUUAACAUAUGGAGUUCGAUUUUCUUGUUCAAUUCAAUAGUGAUAAUGAAGUAAUGUGGUUAUUUAAAAUUAGAGUAGAGUUUUAAUUAUUACAAUCUCUUCAUGCAUUUCGUCAUUUGAAUAGUGAUUUGAUAAACUUGAUAAAGCACUUUUGCUUCUUUUAUAGGAACCUUCAAAAUGUAUACUAAGACAUUUAUAAACAACUUCUACUUUGCAAUUCCUGCAUAGCUGUGGAUAAGAAAUUAUAAAUAACGCAAAAAUCUUUCAGAAUGCAAGUCCCCAAUUAAAGAAGGAGUGGUGAUUCUCUGCAAAGUAAGUAAUCUAAUAAUUUUACAACCUAAUAAAUUGAAUAUGUUACUUAAGACAAUUCCUAUAGUAUCUAAGCUAAAGGAUAUAAUAUUUGGAUUUGA